AAACAAUCAUAUAAUGGCCUCUUCUUCGACCACUCUCAUAACAAAGAUUGAUUCUACCUUUGUUGAUUAUAAAUUCCUAUUGGAAAAGUAUCCUUCUCCUCAUGUUAUUGCCGGCUAUGAUAAUGAUAGUCAAUGUUGGUGUUUCCAACAACGAUUCUACACCACUUUUCAGAAUCAAUUAAGAAUGUUGAUGGUUGAUGAGCAGGGUAGACAUUUGGUUGCAAAGGAAGGUGAGGAAACUUUAUUGGAAUUCAAUGAAUCCAUGGUUAUUGAUUGUAAAUCUUAUUCUGAUGAGAAUUUUGCAAAGAUCAAUCGACCAAAAGCUGGAGUGAAACAUUCACUUGCUGUGUAUUAUGUUCCGAGUAGAGAAAUCGAAAGACCAGCUGAAAAUGGAUCAACAACAAGGGCCAUCUAUCCAGAAAGCAUUCUAAUUGUUUAUCCUACAAGAAGAGUUCAAAAUUUGGUAGAGUGGUAUGUCAAUAAUGCAAGAAGUCCAAAACCUGGAAGAAAUUUAUAUGCCUACAAUGUCAAGGAAGAAUAUUGGAUGAGAAAGUAUCAAUAUAUUGAAUUGGAACAGUCCCAUGUUUAUGGUAUUGAUGACAAGUUUGACAUGUUUGAAAGAGAUUUCAAUAUUAUUCAUCAAAAAAUUGACAAGUUGCACAAGGUUGGUAAGAGCUGUUCAUUGAACUAUUUCGUACAUGGUCCUCCAGGUACAGGAAAAUCAUCAUUUGCUCGUGCCAUUGCAACCAAGUAUAAUUUGGAUAUUUACACUGCCAAUUUGAAAGAUUGUCAACAUAUUAAGGAUUCUGAUGCUGUCAAGACAAUUCUGACACCUUCCAAGAUUAUUUUCAAACAAGCUGCUGAAGAGAAGAAGGAAUUUGAAUGUUCUGAUUGUGAUGAGGAAUGUUAUGAUGAAUGUGAAACAGUUGUUAAUCCAAAACAAAAUCAAUACUAUGUGGUUUUGAUUGAAGAUUUUGACAGAUACUUGGAUUCAUGUACUGCCAAUGAAAUGUCAAAUAUUUUGAAUUCAAUUGAUGGUGUUGAACCUUCUGAUGGUGUUAUUCGAUUCUUCUCUGCCAAUAACACAGAAGAUAUCAAGUUGAAUAAGGCCUUUUUGAGUAGAAUGAAUGGAAUUUGGCAUUUCAAUUUGAAUGAUAAGGAAAGUAUCAAGAAGAGAGUGUUUGAAUUAUUUGAAACUCCAAUUUAUCCAGAAAAUUCCAAAGAAAUAACCAUUCAAGAAUUGUACACUGAAAAGGCAAGCAAUCACAAACUCUCCCUCAGAGAAAUUACCAAUCACUUGUGCAGAUUCUUAAUGGAUGAAGUCAGUGGCAUUAAAUCUGCAUUCGAGGAUAUUGACAGAUUCGUCUCUGAAAAGGAUAUUAAGGUAGAAAGCGAUGCUGUAGUUUUGAAUUCAGGUGAAAAGAAUGACGAUUCUUCAGAUGAACAAUAAACUAAUAUAUUAUACAAU